CUUCGGAUGCAGUUCGCCCAACAACUUUUGGAAAUAUUGAUCAUGAAGAAGAAGAUGCUAAUUUUGACAUAAUUGGUCAUGAAGAAGCAACUACUAAGUUUGACGUUGUUCCCAAAGAAGCAGCAGCUUUUGGCAUUGGUGGAGAAGAAUAUGACUAUCAAAAUGAAGAGAGACGUCAAAGAGUCUUGACACAAGAGCAAUGUAGAAAAUCAGUUCACAAGGCAACUUUUCACAUUGGUGAAGAAUUGGAUGAUGACAACCCAGAUAAAGAUCAGAGGCUUACGCCAAGAGUCCAAACACAUGAGCAACGUAGAAGAUUAGGAAAAACUAUUCCUAGUCAACAUUCUAGUCAAAUCAAUGAUAAUGAGAGACGAAAACCUAUUAUCAUUAGCAGAUCAGGAUGGUCGACAAUGAAGGUUCCUGCACCUAUGUUCAAAAUCCACAAAGGUGCUUAUAUCCCCAAGAUUGUCUCCAUUGGUCCAUUUCAUUAUAAUGAACCAAGUCUACAAGCCAUGCAAACUCAAAAACGACGGUUUCUCGAUCGCCUUAUUCAAAACCAAGCAGGGCAGCCUAUGCUUGAAGAAAAUCUUAAAAAUGCCAUGAGAGAAUUGGAGGAAAUGACCAGAAAUUUUUAUGCAGAAGACUUUCAGGCUAUAAAGCCUGAUGAUUUUGUGCAGAUGAUGCUCCUUGACGGUUGCUUCAUUGUAGAAAUCCUGCGUUUAUACGAGAAAAAAUAUGUGGGGGAGCCCAUUUUCGAAACACGAUGGACGCUGCCAAAUAUCUCUCGCGAUUUACUUUUGCUUGAGAACCAACUCCCAAUGUUUGUGCUGCGGAAGAUUUUUGAACUUACUACCUUGAAGGGGGAGGCAAGUCCCGAUCUGAACACGCUUGCUCUUGGAUUUUUUGAACCCUUGGGACUUGGGAAGGAUGAAUUUGCAACACUUAAGCUGAACAAGUACGCCGACGAGUAUAUACAUCUGUUAGCUUUGUUUCACUCUGCCUUAACUUCAGACGAUAACAUAUACCUGAAGCAGCUUGCAAAGAGUGAAAAGAACAAAACACAUCUUAUUCUUCCUGGGAAAGGUUGGGUGCAUAAUGUCAAAACACUUCGUUAUGCUGGUAUUGAGUUAAAAAACAAUUCUGGUAGCAUUCUUGACAUACAGCUUAAAGGCAAGACGUUGAAUAUUCCAACCAUGAUCAUCCAUGAUAGCACCGGUCCUUUGUUGAGGAACUUGAUAGCCUAUGAACAAAACAAUCUCUCUGCAGCUCCAUAUUUUUGUUGUCUUGCAGUGUUCUUGGACAGUAUAGUGGAUACGGUCGAGGAUGUCAAGAUUCUUCGUGAUGCCGGGAUUAUCAAACAGGCAAAGGGUGGAGACGAGGAGGUGGUGAAUCUUCUCAACAGUCUCACUAAAGGGCUGGUGUUUGAUAUUGAUAAGGAGGACUGCUACAUGAUCGACCAAGUCGAAAACAUCAACCGUCUUUGUCGAGCACACGACACCAGAGUUCGAUUUCGCCGUCUUGUCUACAGGCUGAACUACAAGGGAUUACUCAUAACAUACGCUUCCAUCCUGGUUACAAUCAUCUUUUCCCUUUUCGCGGCUAAGUUUGCAAGUUACAGCCCCUUAGUUAACCAGCACUAUUCAUGGCCAAAACCUCCACCUCCACCUCCACCUCUGCAACUACCUCUACCUCCACCUCUACCUCUACCUCCACCUUCGCUUCUGCGUCCACCUCCACCUCCACCUCCACCUCCACCUCUGCAACUGCCUCCACCUCCAUCUCUACCUCUACCUCCACCUUCGCUUCUGCGUCCACCUCCACCUCUACCUCCACCUCCACCUCCACCUCCACCUCCGCAUCUGCGUCCACCUCCACCUCUGCAUCUGCUUCCACCUCUACCUCCACCUUCACCUCCACCUUCGCAUCUGUGUCCACCUCCACCUCCACCUUUACCUCCACAUCUGUGUACACCUCCACCUCCGCUUCUGCGUCCACCUUUACCUCCACCUCCACCUCUACCUCCGCAUCUGUGUCCACCUCCACCUCCACCUCCGCAUCUGCGUCCACCUCCACCUCCACAUCUGCAUCCACCUUUACCUCCACCUCCACAUCCGCAUCUGUGUCCACCUCUGCAUCUGCGUCCACCUCCACCUCGGCAUUUGCGUCCACCUCUACCUCUACCUCCACCUUUACCUCGGCAUCUGUGUCCACCUCCACCUCCACCUCCACCUCCACCUCCACCUCGGCUUCUGCGUCCACCUCCACCUCCACAUCUGCGUCCACCUUUACCUCCACCUCCACCUCCACCUCCACCUCCGCAUCUGUGUCCACCUCUGUAUCUGCGUCCACCCCCACCUCAGCAUUUGCGUCCACCUCUACCUCCACCUCCACCUCCACCUCUACCUCCGCAUCUGCCUCUGCAUCUGCGUCCACCUCCACCUCCGCAUCCAUGUAAAUGUCCAUAAGCAUUACGAAAAAAAUAAAAGACCAUUCGAAAUGGUUGAUGCAGGUUUAUUUGGUGGAGCUGACAUUGACAAUUGAGUCCUGUGUUUGCACACAAUUUAGCUUAAUAUUGUUUUUCAAUAAAAUUGACAGUAUUCGGAAUCUCAUGUAGUAGUGUUUUUUUUUUUUUAAAUCAAGUUGGGUAUGCUAUGUUGUUGUUUCAUUACAUAUGUCAAUACUAUGUGUAUUAUGUUUGAAUUUUGAAUCGAAUAAAUCCAUCUUGGAAUCAG